AUGGCCGUCCAAGGCAAGAAGGAGCGCACGCCUCAAGUGAAGCCUGUCGUGCCCAGUGCAAAGGAAGGCGUUCAGGUCUCUGAGCUCGACGCCUUCAUGUUCAAGUACUUCGGCAAAGAUUCGCCCAUCAUCCCCCUCGGUGUCUUCACCACUGCGAUCAUCCUCGGAUCAGGCCUCGUCUCCUUCAACAGCGGAGACAAGGCGACAUCGCAGACCUUCAUGCGUGCUCGUGUUAUCGCCCAGGGCAUCACCGUCGCUGCCAUGAUGGCAUCCCUUGGCGUGCAGGAGCGACAAAGGUCACUCGGGCUGCUCUAA